CUCAGCUGGGCAGUCGUCACACACGAUCCCACCGACCGACUCUCGUCCGAGCCCUGGUCGCCGAUCCACGACGCUGGACUUUGCCGCGACCGCGGGGGCCAGACCGGAGGACCCGCAGACUUCGAGCAAGACGUCCAAACGCAAGAAGAACCGCAAUCGAAAGCGCCGCAACCGCCGACAGUCGUUUUUGGCCGCGGAGGAUUCUCAUACCGGUGCUGCAGCUGGGUCGGUUCCUGACCCAGAGCCUCUGGACAUCAUGUCUGCCGAUCAGCCCAAGUCGCAGGCGGCGCGCCCGUUCUACAAGCUCAGCGCGGAUUUAAGCAGUACCAGUUUGGAAAGCGAGGCAUUGUUGGAUCAUCGGUACGUCAUUCCCGGAACUAGCCUCUCCAUCCAGACAAAAUGAAGCUCCGGACAGUUAACCUCGCCCAUUCCCCAUUGUAGAGACCAGCUGCCCCUGCGUCCGCGUCGAGAAAGUCGGCUGGCUCAGUCGUUCCGCCCGGGCUCCUCGUCAACGCUCAAGCGUCCCGAGACGAUGUCUCGCAAUCUGCCCUCGGGAAGCAGGACCGUCAUUCAAGCAGGCGACGAAAGCGAUGACGCCGGCACGGUCAACGAUCGCACCCCAUUAAUCCGCCCCACUUCCAGCAGCAAGUCCAAUCGUCCCCGGUACGGGACGGAGCAAAAACCCAGCCAGCUCUCAGUCCCCCGCCGACCCUCGUCGACCCGCACGACCUCCUCCCGCCGCUCGCCGCGGAACAUUUCGAGUCCGGUGUUCCCAGAGCCUGAGCGGGACUACGAUGUGAAUAAUCCGCCGUCGAUGCCCACGUCGCCUAAGCUGGGGCCCGAGAUGGGCUACGACGAUGCCGUCGUGACGGGGGCCGAGUAUGACUUUGCCAUGGCCAAGUCCAUCGAGAACCGCAUGGACUCCCUCGGUCUCACCCGGCCCCAGGACAUGGUGAUCGACGUGGAUGACGAGGGUCGGCGACCCAGACGGAAGUCGGCCCCGUCUCCACCUAUCUCCCCGCAUCGCCACAGCGCCGACGGCCUGCAUCGUCGCCGCACCUUUCCGGCCGAGGAGGACGUCUGCUUCCCCGCAGAGGUCGCGUCCGAGCUGGCGGAGGAGGAAGGGAUGCGGCCCGCCCGCGAGGGGCCGCGUCGGCACCGCCGCCGCCGCCGGGAGUGGCCGGACCUGUCCGUCCUGGAGGAGUGGAGUCGCGAGGAGAAGGAGGAGCGCAUCGGCGAUUUCCGGACCAAAAAGAUCAGCGAGCCGAUGCUGGUCGAAGGCCGUCUGCGGCCGCAGUACCGUCUAUGGCGGAUGGAGGAGGAGGACGCGCCUUACCGGUUCACCUACUUCAACGAAGAGUUGCAGAGCACCAUCCACGCGCAGACCAUCUCCGAGCUCGUGCAGCCGGGCGGGAGCUUCCAGGAGCUAUUCAUCCCCGAGCCGCCCGAACUGGAUGUGUCGUCCGACGACGACGACGACCUGGAAUCGGGGCCGGACGAGCCGGCGCCGGUCCCCGAGCACCCGCGGGCCAGCAUGUCGGGCCUGGGCGAUGCCCCGAACAACCACCAUCACCACUACCACCAUCAUCACUUCCAUCACCCCACCGAACCUCUCGGCCCCGACGGCAAGCCGAAUGGGCGGCCGUCGGUUAUCAGCGAAGCGUUCUCGGACGCGCGCACAUCGGCCAACGCGUCGCCGUCGCGGCGGCCGGGGACGGCCAAGCCGAAGCGGUACGGACCGCGGCCGACGUUCUGGCUGGACGUGCUGUCGCCGACGGACGCGGAGAUGCGGGUGAUCGCCAAGGCGUUUGGGAUCCACGCGCUGACGGCGGAGGACAUCAUGAUGCAGGAGGCACGGGAGAAGGUGGAGCUGUUCCGGCACUACUACUUCGUCAACUACCGGACGUUCGAGCAGAACCCGAACAGCGAGCAGUACCUGCAGCCGGUGAACAUGUACGUGGUGGUGUUUCGGGAGGGGGUGCUGUCGUUCCACUUCUCUCAGACGCCACACCCGGCGAACGUGCGCCGGCGGAUCCGGCAGCUGAUGGACUACCUGAUCCUCAGCUCGGACUGGAUCUCUUACGCGCUGAUCGACGACAUCACGGACGUGUUCGGGCCGCUGAUCCAGGCGAUCGAGGAUGAGGUGGAUGAGAUCGACGGGAAGAUCAUGCAGAUGCACCCGUCGGACCUAAGUAGCAACCGGGAGCAGGAGAAGGCUACGCAGGCGGACCGGGUCCCGCCGUCGCUGACGCCGGGCGAGAUGCUGCGACGGGUGGGGAUCUGCCGGAAGAAGGUGAUGGGGAUGUACCGGCUGCUCAGCAACAAGGCCGACGUGGUGAAGGGGUUCGCCAAGCGGUGCAACGAGCAGUGGGAGGUGGCGCCCAAGUCGGAGAUUGGCUUGUACUUGGGUGAUAUUCAGGAUCACCUCAUGACGAUGACCAGCAGUCUGACGUAUUACGAGACGUUACUGUCGCGUGCUCAUUCCAAUUACCUGGCGCAGAUCAACAUCCUGAUGAACGAGCGACAGGAGCAGACAGCGGACGUGCUGGGCAAGUUGACGGUGCUGGGGACCAUUGUGCUGCCGCUGAACAUCAUCUGCGGUAUGUGGGGGAUGAACGUCAAGGUGCCAGGUCAAGACGUGGAUAGUCUGUCAUGGUUCUACUCCAGUGAGUUUUUUCCCCAGAAGAUCGUCGGUAUCAUCCCACCAUGCUAACCCGCGAUCUUUGCAGUCACCGGUGGGUUGAUCUUGUUCGCCCUCGCCUCCUUCUCCAUUGCCAAACGCGUCUACAAGAUUGUGUGAGGAAUUACGAUGACGAUGAUCGAUGAUGAUGGUCGAUUACCGAUGACCGAUGACCAUGAACGAAUCUAUAUUAUUUUUAUUAUUAUUCUAUUUUUGAUUUGAUUCUUUCUCUUUAUUUUCAUGGAUAUUGCCCGGUUCGGGACUUUGUGUGGGUGAUGUCAUGGCGCUGGUGGUUUGGCCGGCUCUGUCCCUGUUUCUGUAGAAGGAUGAACCUGUCUAGAUUUGUGGCUGGAUCCUUGUGUGGCAUUCAUCAGGAUGUACAUAUCUGUUCUAUAAGAUAG